AUGCUGGGACGCUCAUACUGGCCUAUGCUGGCUAUGCUCAGUCUGCCUUAUACUGGCUAUGCUCAUGCUAUACUAUGCUGGUGCUUCAUACUAGCAUACUCGGAUUCUAACACGUAUCCUUUGGUAAACAUGUGGGCCCAUCUUCAGGAGGUGCAGGUGGAGGAGCAGGUGGAGGUAGAGGAGCAGGUGGAGGUGGAGGAGCAGGUUGUUCCCCGAGAGCAGUUUGUUCUGAGGCUAUCUUCAGUGGGUGAAAACGUUCAGCGUCGAAUACUUCACAUAGACAGUUCAUGCGGAUGCCCAUAUGCCUAUUCCAGACUGCCCUUAGCCUGUUCUAGAGAAAACUUGAACUCUCGAGGGCCGGGCCUGGGCAGUGCUGGCGGGCACCCUUGGAGGGCUCUAUCUCGGCGCCAUGACCACCGAUUUGGAAAAUUCUUGUUGCAUCUGAAAGCCCUCGGCGUCGCCUUGGUCGCUAGGCCACUCGCUCGAAACCCGGGGGUAGGGAUCCCUACUGGAUUUCGAAUCCGUGAGCGCAAACGAACUCAUUCAAACACCAAUGGACGAUUUCAGAUUGCAAAGCCAACAAAUUGUAUCCCUAAGUUCACGUCGGAGUUGAUGCUCGAGGAUCGGAAGCCUGUCGACGACACAUUCCCCGCGAGAUGUCACUCCCCAGGAUUGCGUCGCGUCGCGCACGAGGCGCCGCAAGGGGUCGGGAAAGGGUUGCCCGCGUCCCCCGCACCCUUUUCCGCCGUGUUCGAGUUCACGGAGCGUCGGGGAUCGUUCGUCUAUAUAGUGCGGGAGUCCCAUUUGAUGCGCUCGACCAUAGAGGUCGAAGACUUUGAACUCCAAGGUCUCCGCGACACGGGCGCGCACCGCACGCGCAGCACCCGGAUCGGGUUCAACCGUCGCGCGAGGCUGCCCCUGGAUCCCGGCAACCAAUGGGACCCCGAGCACGAGCCGCGCGGCCCCAGAGCACCGGCGCGGGGGCUCUGCGCGGCCUGGGCGCGCCAUCACGAACGACUCGGCGCCGAGCAGCCCGUCCCCCGGGCGGCCCGUCGCGCUUCCAAGCCGAAGAAACGCCGGAAUAUGUCACCGUACAUGGCCACGGCCGCGCGCAGCCCGCCAGGCCUCGGACAGAAGAAUCUGAAAUCGUCUAAUGCGAGAUGCUAUGAAGAUCUCUGGUGGCAGAGGGGGCAAGCGUGGAGUCCACUAGAUCAAAAUCAGCGUCUCGACGCAUAUUACCAUUUCAGCGAGAAAUCUGCACGCCCUUAUGGUUCUACGAGGCCGAAAUAUACGCUGGGUCGGGAUUCAUCAGAGGUUUUUAUCGCAGCGGAAUCUCUGGCGACCUUACCAGAGAUUGCAGCAAUGACCAUCAAUCAGCGUGCGGAGCUCUUCAUGAUGAGAACACUUGAGGACAAGCAUCUCGAAGCAGAAGAAGUGAUACCACCCACCUCUUUAUCAGAGUCAAGGAGUGAUGAUGAGUCAUUUAGGCGAUCAAAACGGAUCGGUCAGUCGAGAAAAAAGAAAAAAUAUCGACCAUCCUCGGCCAUACAACGGAGCCCGGCGAAAGUCGUGGAAUCGAGUUCCAAGGCACCUGCGGUCAUAACCAGUCAGGAUUGUAGAUCCAGUCCUCUUCAAAAGCCAGAACCCGUUGCAGCUGAGAAUCUAGAUGAGUUGAUUACCAUGCAUACGGAUGAGCCUGGCAUCGCUGUUGAAGAGCAGCGCCUUGUUGAAUUCACUGGAACCCUAAAUAUUCAGCUCUCCACGCCGACGCCUUGGGCGAGCUUCCACGUUGUCUUGAGAUGUGCAUCCUGCAAACGAGGAUUUUUAUCAGAUGAGUAUGUCGUCCGGUUCCAGCACAAGGCUGAUAUCAAGGGCGUAAAGGAGCGCAUGCUCAAGGCAGUCAGCGGUGUUACGAUGCUGAAUAAGCUUGACAGAGGUGGUCUGCAUGAUUCUUCGACUCGAAGCUCCCAAUCAUCCCAUCCACGCGGCUCUAUAGGGCCCUCCGAUGGCACUUCAGCUCUCCUCAAGGCAGUGCGCUUGCAAAAUAUAGCACAGGUGCGAUGUCUGCUCGAACAUGGGUUUUCAUCUGAUGGUGAGGAGCCCACAGAUGGAUCUCGACCAGUGCUUACGCCCCUCGUCGCAGCUUGCAAGAUCGGCCAUGUCAUCAUCACACAGCUCCUUUUAAAUCACACAGCCUCGACGGCCCUGGCCUCUGAGGGUGGCCUCACACCACUUCACGCUGCGUGCAAUGCUCGUGCGAUUGCAUGUUGCCAAAUUCUCAUCGCCCAGGGAGCCGACGUUGAUGUUGCUGCUGAUGAUGGCAAGCGCCCACUUCACUGCGCUUGUGCGGUUGGCGCUGCAAAAUGUGCGGAAGCGCUCCUGCGCGCAGGCGCCGACGUCGAGGAGCAGACGCCCGAGGGGGAGCUACCACUACAUACUCUCUGUAUCAAUGUAGAAGCGAGUAUUCUUACACAAGCGGCCAGUCGCGCGAAAAGAGGGUUCGAGACCUCAGACUUCGCUGGUUGUGCAAAGGUUUAUAUGAGCAUACCAUGGGCGGCGAUCAAUACAGGGGACGGGGCUGCCCGUCCAUGCUCUCUUAAACUCAGAGAGCACUUUCAAAGUUAG